AUGUCAAUUCCCCAGUCUGACAACGAGAAGCAGAUGGCACAAAUCCACAAGGCGGUGGGUGGCACCCCCGAGGACGAGGACCAGGGAGGACUCCGAUACGCCGCCUACGCCAGCCGAAUCAGAACCAUCUUGUCCGCCACCCAUCGAUAUGUGGCCUACACUUCGGAUAUCGGCGAGUCUUUCCGACCUGUAGCCCAUCCCAAACUCGUGUCCAUGGCUUACGGCGUCUCCUGGGCUUACCUGAUCGGAGACGUUGCCUACGAGAGUUGGAAGGCCCGACAGAUCCAGCUGGGUCUGUACGUGCCCGGGGAGAAACCCUGGUCCAAGCCUCCCCAUCUCACUGAACAGCAACGAGAGCAAAUCUCCGAAGGAGCCAAGGACUGGCGUCUGGUGGGUUUCAAGCGAGCUGUUUUCCAGUCCAUUGCCUCCAUGGGUCUGCCUGCCUUCACCAUCCACUCCACAGUCAAGUACACGGGUCUGGCUCUGAAAAACAACCCCAAUAAGACCCUGCGAACCUAUGGACCGGUGGCUCUGGGUCUGGGUAUCGUUCCUGCUCUGCCCUACAUGUUUGACGAGCCAGUCGAGCACGUGGUCGACUAUGUGUUCGACAAGGGCGAGGCGCUCUACCACCAGACCUUCUCCAAGUCCAAGUAG